GUCCUUUCUUAUUUCAUUUCCAUGCAGGAAGAAGGGAGAAGGGGGAAGGGGGAAAGGGGACACCCCUCCCCCCGCCCUCCCCAUCGCAGGCACAUACCUUCAUCUCUUCAUUGAUUUCCCUUUUCACCGGGCUUUCACAGAUUCCCACAAAAUCAAAAAAAAAGUCAAAAUUAAAGGCCAGCUUGUGCACAAAUAGAAGGUAAGAAUGAUACAAGUUUCUUUGGGUUGUUGUGGCUGUCCUGGGAAGUGAGUGCUUGUCCUUUAGAAGAGUGUGGAAAGACAGUGUUUAAUGCCCAGCAGAGCACAGGGAAAAGCAGGCUGAGAUGGCAAGCACGAAGAAGAAAGGCACGAGCUCUUCAUGUAGUGGAAGGGCAUAGCUGGUACUAAAGCACAGGAAGAUGACGAGAAAAUAAAGAUGGCCCUCAAGAGGAGGAAAUCAGCCAAAUGAAAGCAAACAGCCUGGCUAGUUAGGAAAUGAGCCUGCAUAGUUAAUGAACACAGAAAGGAAUGGAAUGAAAUGGCAAGAUAUACAGCUUAUGAAUUGGAUAACUGUGGAGGUGGCUGAAUAGGUUAAAGGUCUAAGGCUGUCUCUGUGCCAAGCUGCAACCUAACAUCUGGAUUUUGGUGUGUCACUACGUACAGCUCUGUAGCCCAGAUGCCUGAAAAGGUGUGCUGAUAGGACAGUGGGUUCCACUUUUACUAUACAGAAUCCUUGAGAUAAUCAGUUUUUCUGGCACCUGAACUACAUCAUAUUGGAAAGAUAUUAAAAAUGGGAUUGAGCAUAUUAUCCUUACUCACAUUUAUUAAUAUUUGCCUCAUUCAAGAUGUCUGCUCACAUUAAACUCUUUUGAGUAAGGGUUGCAGAACCAACCCAAAGGUUUGUACUUUGCUCCCAAGCAGGUUGUUCUCUGUGGUCACUACCAUGUGAAACUGACUACAGAUCAGUGUCACAACCAAAUUAAGUACUGCCCAUGCCACAAGCAAGAAAUAUAUUAAUCAAAACAGGUUUAGUCUAUACAAGGUAACUAACCUAUACAAGGACCCAACCCCUGCCCAAGAGAUUGCCCGUUGCAUCUGCCACGUACGAGAGGGCGGGGAAGGAACACCCCCCGACAAGUUUAACUGUCCGACCAUGGUGCCCCAGUCCCCCAGUCACAAACUCUUCACCCAGCUCCGUGAAAACUUGGAGACGGAGGGUCGCACCACGACCAAAUGGGCAGGCCCCAAGUGGAAAAAAGGGAAAAUGAUUAAUGUUCUGUUCCGCGCAUUUGUUAACACAACGCGCGAUAUUGAAAAUUUGAAUAGCCAACUUCUGACCCUGGGAAAAGUCGCAGCUGAAAAUGCUGCUGCGCAGCAAUCACCUACACCAUUGCCCCAAUAUGGCGCCGGCGAAAAACUCAGCUUCUUCACAGAAUCGGAGAAGAAGGGCAGAGCUUCAGAAAAGGACAUGGAGGACAGAGUUGUGGGAGGUCCACAACUACCUCAUUCUCUACGGGAGUGCAACGGGGCGGACCCAACGGCUCCAACCCCGGAACAUCAGCUACCGCCUCCCUAUGACAAAGAAAAAAAACCAUCCAAGUUAAUAUAUCCCUCCCUACCAACGGAGAAUCCGCCCCCACCGAUGAAGUCUUCGCCGACUUCCAUGAAAACGGCCUUCCCUAUCAUUGUUACAAAAUACACAACGGAUCCACAAGGCGUAACUCACGCUACUUCCACCUACCGCACCCGUAACCGAACAGAGAUGCAAGAUAUUUUUCAGCUAUCAAAAUUUAAAUCAGGAGAAACCCUGGCGAUUUGGCUUGGCCGACUGGUAGUCAAAUUUGGCUCAGAAUUACUGGACAUGGAAGAGGCCAGCUUCCUCAUCCUCAAGCUGCAUGGAGUGGAGGACACGCCACCGACCGCGGCCCAAUCAUGAAAAACCAACACUGGGCCAUACCACUCCCUGCGCUUCUAGCCCACCAAAUCGUGAACAAGUCCCACCUGUGGCACAAUGACCGCCCGGAAAUAGCGUCGGCAGAACAACUUUUAUUAGCAAUAAUAGGAACCUCGUGCUGCACAUGGGACGGGGGCACACAGCCGAUGGGUAUUCAACACAACAGGUUCGGCUUGACGGAGCAACAGGCCGCUGGGCCGUGGCCACAUAGAUUCCUAACGCAACCUGGAAUGGUUCCAAUCACCCCUGAAGCCUUGGAAGCUUGCAUAUACAUCUAUGGGGGAUCUCAUGCCAUCACUCUUCGCCGCCUCCUUACCCCGCAAAUAGACGGACAGCCCGGGAACAUCCUCAGUCAAUUGGGCCGUAUCCAAACCCUCAUGAAGCCAACAGCGAUAACUCAAGGUGUCAAUUGUGCUACAGAACCAGACCCAUCAUCAGUGUACCCCGUAAAACAACCUAAAGUGAACAGACCACUCUACAAAGGCUCACCACCAGUCCCAGGACGGACCCCUAAAGAAAAGGCCAUGUUUUGGUUCCUGAUAAAAGAGUCCGGCCUUACCAAACAACAAUUACGCGCCCUGAGGGACGAUGGGCAAAAGGCCCUAGCAAAAAAGUUGAGAUUCAAUUACACCCAGAAGCCAAAAAACGGGUAAUGGCCGCCGGGCGAGCCGGCGGCCCUACAAAAAAGCCUGACCCUUCAGAUCCUCGCCCAUAUACCAGCCUUAUUAUCAUUCACCCCGAUAAUCCCUCAAUGCAACGGAAGAUUUCUUUUCUCCACGACACGGGAGCACAAAUUAAUGUCGUAGCACCUGCGACACCUCAUAAAAAGACUUCGAAAAUCAUCAUGGUACAAGGGCUAAAUGCUAUAUCAACUGCUAAAAAAGUCAAAUUUUGGAUACACAAUCACAAAAAAACCCUUAAAGCAGUUCUAGGGGGCAUAAACAUCUUGGACAUACCAGGCAUUAAGACACUCCAGUUAAAAAAAUUAAUAUUUCAAGCUCUUCCAUUCUUUAUUGCUGAGCCCAUCCGACACCAACCUACGCUUCAUAACACGUCUACAUGGCGUUAUAAACCAAUCCCGACCAAACGACAUCUUCAGAAAGCCCUUGUCACCCUGUUACAGAGGCUCGAACAACAGGGAUGUAUAACACCGAUAGCGGCCAGUACCCACCUAUCACCAGGGUGGGGAAUCGCGAAGCCCGGAAAACCCAACGAAGUCCGACUUGUAGUGGAUUUCCGCAAGGCGAAUAAACGGUGUCUCCCACUUACACAACCCAAUGCUUUUACGCUACCCCAGUGUUUAUAUGAAAUGGCGAGGUUUCAAGGGGGCAAGUGGUACGGGACGACCCUUGACCUCAAGGACAUAUUUUUCUCCAUCCCAAUUAUUAACAACAGCGGAAUCUUAAACAUGUGUGUCGAAGGUAUGAUGUACCGAUGGACGAUAUGCCCGCAAGGAUAUCGCAACUCUCCUGCAUUGGCCACAGGCGCAAUGAACGCAGUGAUCACCUUAUGAUAGAAUUCAACAGUGAUCACCUUAUGAUAGAAUUCAACAUAAGACGGCGAGUGGGUAAGGUAACUAGUAGGGUGAAAGUGCUAGACUUUAGGAAAGCUGAUCUCAUUGCACUCAGGCGAUUAGUCAAGGAAGCACUGCAGAGUAGGAGUUUUGAUGGGAUGGGUGCCCAAGAAGGGUGGCUGUGCCUAAAGGAAACGAUCCUUUGGGCACAAAGCAAGACGAUCCCCGAGCGAGGCAAAAGAGGGAAAAGGGCCAGGAGGCUUCCAUGGCUGACCAGAGAAAUCCAGGGCAGCCUAAGGGCCAAAAGGGGAGCACAUAAAAAGUGGAAAAAGGGUGA